AAAUCGCUUUUUUGAAGCUGGUAUUAGAGGGGGUGUAUCUCAGUGUAGCAAUCGUUUUGCUAGAGCAAAUAAUAAAUUCAUGGAGGAUUAUGAUAGUGAAAAAUCUAAUACAUUUCUAACAUAUUUUGAUGCGAAUAAUUUAUAUGGUUGGGCAAUGUCUCAAUCUUUUCCUGUUGGUGGUUUCGAAUGGAUAGAUUAUAAUACAGAUUAUAAUGUGUCAGAUAACUCUGAUUUCGGUUAUGUUUUAGAAGUUGAAUUGGAAUAUCGUGAUGAACUUCAUAAUUUGCAUUCUGACUUUCCGUUAUAUCCUGAAAACAUAUGUGUGGGUAAUACUAAAGAAACUAAAAUGGUUCCUAAUUUAACCUUCGGCAUACAAGGUGGGGUACAGAUAGUCAAUAUGAAUAAUUAUCUGCAGGAUGAUCGUAUUGCGGCGGCCUUAUUGGAAGAAAAUGAAACUUCGUCAGACGACGAAAACUUUGUGCCAUAUAGUGACGACGAAUCAGAUCACAUCAGCGUGGCUUCUGAAGUUCCAAGUGAUACGGACGUGGAAGAAGCCGAAAUCAACAUUGAACCAUAUUCAGAUGACACGGCAUCAACACCUCAACCAUUUUAUCUUGGAAAAGAUGGAAGAACAAAGUGGUAUAAAUUGCCCCCGCGAACCAAUGUUCGGACAAGGGCCGAAAAUCUAAUUACGCAUUUGCCAGGGUGUAAAGAUGCAGCACGACAUAAAAAAACCCACUUAGAAUGCUUCGAGACCUUUUUCACUGAUGAAAUUGUUGACAUGGUUUUGAAAUAUACAAACCAGAAGAUUUCUUUGAGAAUGGAAAACUCUACAUCGAAUCCAUCAUACGGGGAAACUAACAAAGCUGAGUUGAAAGCCGUGUUUGGGUUGUUGUUUUUGGCAGGUUUGUUUAGAUCUGGCCGGCAAAGUCUUAUAGACCUAUGGAGUAAUGACGGCACAGGAAUUGAAGUAUUUAGAAAUACUAUGACGAGACAAAGAUUUUCAUUUUUGAUAAAUAACUUGAGAUUUGAUGAUUUAUCAACUCGUACAGCAAGAGUUACUUUCGAUCGUUUGGCGCCAAUUCGAGAUGUUUUUGAUAUAUUUGUCAAAAACUGUCAGACUGCGUAUACACCGUAUGAAUACUUGACCAUAGAUGAAGAACUUGUGGCAUUUAGAGGAAGAUGUGCCUUUCGUCAGUACAUUCCAUCGAAACCAGCCAAGUAUGGGUUGAAAAUUUACGCUCUAGUGGAUGCUAAAACAUUUUACACAAUGAAUUUAGAAAUAUACUGUGGAAAACAGCCUGACAACAGUCCGUAUACAAUGAGUAAUAAACCUUUUGAUGUUGUUGAUCGUUUGGUAAGAUGCGUGUCCGGAUCUGGAAGGAACAUCACUAUGGAUAACUUUUUUAUGAGUUAUGAAACUGCUGAAAAUUUGCUCAAAAACCACAAAUUGACUGCCGUUGGAACACUAAGGUCAAACAAGACAUGCCUUCCACUGCAGUUCAAGGCUCGACGUGAAGAAAAAUCAUCUGUGUUUGGUUUUCAAAAAGACAUAACUAUUGUAUCUUACAUACCAAAGCCGCGAAAAUGUGUACACAUGAUGUCCUCAUUACAUCAUGAUGAUGAGGUGGAUCCAGAAAGUGGAGACCAAAGAAAGCCAUCUAUUAUAACGUUUUACAACUCGACAAAGAGCGGAGUUGAUGUUGUCGAUAAACUUGCGAGAACCUACGAUGUAUCCCGCAACUGUAAACGCUGGCCUCUUACCGUGAGGAGUUUUUUUCACCUUGUAUGCCGAAGGUUAAAUAAUAAAAUUAAAUACAUCGUUCACUACAGGAAUUUAAAACAAUGCAUUGAAAUGGGAAUUAAAUUAAUUAAAGUACAUAGAAUUUUAAAAACAGAGUUCUUGGUUAAAGAAAUAGACUUAAAUACUAGUUUGAGAACGUUAGCUACAUCAAACUUUGAAAAAGACUUUUUUAAAUUAAUGAACAAUUCUGUCUUCGGUAAGACUAUGGAAAAUAUUGAAAAAAGAGUAAACGUUAAACUACUAACUCACUGGGAUAAUCGUGAUAAAGUUUUAGGUGCUCAGGAUUGGAUUGCAAAACCAGAAUUCCAUAGUUUAUCAAUAUUUUCAGAACAUUAAGUCGCCAUACAAUUACGGAAAACAAAAUUUAUGAUAAUUUUGUAUUUUAGAUAUAUCUAAGAGUCUUAGACUAAGACCCUUAUGUAUGAAUUUCAUUAUAACUACAUGAUUAAAAAGUUUCAUAAUAAAAUUAAGUAUAUUGUACACCGAUACCAAUAGUUUGAUAUAUUAAAUUUUUACAGACAAUUUUUAUGAGGAUAUAAAACCAGAUCUACUUCACUAUUUCGAUACAUCAGAUUACCCGGAAAAUAAUAAUUACGGAUAUCCAAAAAUAAAUAAAAUACAAGUUAGGUUUUUAUAAAUAUGAGAAUAAUGGUAAAGUACUGAAGGAAUUUGUAGGGUUGCGAUCAAAAAUGUAUGCCUUAGAAAUAGAAGAUUAAUUUUAGCAAAGGCAAAAGGGGUUAACAAAAGUGUUACCAAAAAAAAUGAAUACGGAAAAUUACAAAUCGUGUUUGUUUAAUAAAAAUGUAUUAUAUUGUAGUAUGCUUUGAUUUAAGUCAAUCAAACACACUAUUUUUACACAAAAAAUAAAUAAAACAUCUUUAUCAUAUAAUGAUACCAAACGAUGUAUUAUGAACAACAACAUUGAUGCAUUGGCUUGGGGACAUUAUGAAUUACGCUAA